AAUGGUAGCAAUGAUUUAAAAGAUGAUGAUGACGAACCAGAGGUAAGUAUUUCAGAAUCUGGGGAACAGACUGUCGCAGAUGACAAUGGCGAAAUAGCCACCGAGGUAAGUGAAUCACUGAUAGAGGUAGUUGAGAAAUAUGUGACACCUGUGGUGUCUUCAGAUGUUGUUGCCCAGCAGAAAGAUCUUCGGAGAUCUGGGAGAAUCAGAAAGCCAGUAAAUAGGUUUGGAUGGUAAGUAUUUUUUGUUUAUGUUGUUGUUUGACUAAUAUUUAUAAAUAACUAAAAAAAAAAGAAAAGCAGUGUAAUAUAUUAAGGUUCAUAUUAGCAUAAUUUAUGCAUAUCCCAUAAUGCUGUAUGGGAAUAAAGGAAGUGUGUUGUAACUCGACCACGUUGUUUGUUUUGCUUAUAUUCUUAUACUAAAAAAAUCUCAGUAUACUACAAUAAUCACGCACAAUUACAAAUUGUAUACACACGCACAAAUGGAAUAAGCGAACGCAAAUUAUAAUAAGCACGCACAAAAUAAAUACACACGCAAUACUUCCGAGAGAGCCUGUUCGCAGGCAAAAAGUGAAAGAAUCCGCAGUUGUUUGUGAUUCGAAACAAGUGCAAUAUUAAUAACUUACUGACCGAGAGUGAGGGCAGUGAAACAAGCCACGAAAUAAAGGCGUGACAAAAAAGGUGCGAGACGCGGGAAAAAACUAGGCGCGAAAAAAUUAGGUGCGAAGAAAAGGCGCGAAGAUUAGAAUUUAGAAUAUGUCAAACAAACGUUAGCCAAAUUUGUAAAAAUCAAUCCUUGGCAAAAUCACUGUCUUAGGGGCUGUUCAUAUGGAGCUGUGUUGGCCGGGUUAACCACGGAAUGAUUCGCUUCAUUCAGCUCUUAUCACGGCUUAAUAAACAUCCAAAUGACCCUACCUCAAACAGGAGUAAACAGUGCCUUACAAAAUUAUGGAAUUCACUACCGCCUGCGAAGUUGGUAGGACAAGAGCACAAAUUUAGUAAAAUCCUGCAGUAUGACACAAAUAUUGGUUUUUGAGCAUCUACACUCGACAUAACACUUUUAUACAUUUAUUAGACCUAACUAUAUACUAGCAGUUGUGGAAACUAUAUAGGCCCUGUGGCAGGAAUAGAAAACUGCGGCCCUGCGAUUCCGGUGCAGCGCUCGAGCUCUAGUUCUAUUCAGCGAGACUGCGAGAUGUCCAAAAAUCUCGAUAUUUACACAAAUUAUAUUGGCGUAUUGUCAUAUUGAAGAUCCUAUUCGCUCAACGCGUUUAAUUUAGUCUCUUUAGGGACCGGUCAUUAUUUAUGGUGGGGAGUGGCACCGAAGAGAAAUGUUUUUCGUAGCAAACAUUUUGCUGACCCAACCAUUAAAAAGUCAAAAAUUUGAUUACCCAACCUCAAAUAUCAAGUAAAAAAUAAAUACCCACCCCUGGCCAAAAUUAAACUUUACAAAAGAUUACCAUUCAGUUGUCACAUAUGUCCCUUACCCGAUUUCUGUGACACUGCAUGAGAAGUUUGAUAACUGCUUGUGAAAUUUGCUGCAGUCUAAUGUAUCAUGUUGUCUGCACAUGUGCUUUCUUUGAAGACACCAUUUGUCUUCUAACAAAUUGGAAAAUGAUCAAGACACUGACGGAUCGAUUCACAUAUUGUAUUGACAUAUGACUAUAACUUUUUAUUACCCAACCCUUGAGUUGUUUUGCUUUUCAUUUACCCAACCUUUCACUUACUCAAAAUUUAGUUUACCCAACCUUUUUCUCUUUGGUGCCACCCCCCACCAUAAAUAAUGACCGGUCCCUUAGUAAAUAUAGUUUCAAAUAGAGUGCGAUAUUCUUAGACCAGCUUGAGCUACACCUUUGAAUUUACUAUAUGAGUAAAUUCUUAAACACGUCCGAAUUUAUCAUUAUGAUAAAUUCGUGGCAUAUUUUGAAUUAUUCAUAAUAAUAAAUUCGCGGCACCUAACACUAACCCUAACCAUAACCCCAACCCUAACCACUAACCCCUAACCAAUAACCACUAACCACUAACCCCUAACCCUAACUUUUUAAACUUUUUUAAAAAUCUAACUUUUUAAAUAUUUUUAGAAAUCUAACUUUUUAAACUUUUUUUGCUUUUUAAAACUCUUUUAAAACUUUUUAAAACUUUUUUUGAAAAAGUAUUCCUUUGAUAAUCUUGAAAAUCUUCCCACCCCCGCGCGACUAGCCUCCCUUUUAUUGCCAUUACAUUUAUAACAAGAAGAUUGUCUAAUGCUUGUGGUCAAAAUGUGCCGCGAAUUUAUCAUAAUGAUAAAUUCGGACGUGAUUAUUCAAAGGUGGAGCUCAUGUUGUCUUAGACGGGGCACGGAAAAAAUCUCUCUGCCCCAAUCCUAAUUCCCUUUCCCCAAGGGCAAGGCACUGUGCACUCUUCACCUUGCCCGCUUUUCGGAUGUUUUAUCUUGCAGGUGGAAAAGCGUAUGCACAUGUGAUGCAGGCUAUGCAUACAAGACUUUUGCAAUCCUGUGGAGUGAUAUCUUUGAGGUAAGCCAAAAACAUUAUUAACUUUAUUUACGUUUUUUUAAAGACCGUUGUCAGACCUGUCCAACAUUGUCGAACCAAUUAUGCUGGACGACGCUUGAUGAAAAUUAUGAAUACAUUUAAAGUUACAACAUCUUCCAAAAUUUGGCAAAUUACCACUCACAGUGUUCAAACAGAGUCAUCCAAGUUGCAUCCGACAAUAAUACAAUAGUGGGCCAACAUGUUGGAUUAGUGUGAGCCGGACUUAAUGAUAUUAAACGCAAUUUCAACCACUACCUGCAAUAAUAUAUAUUAAGGAUAUUGCAUUAUUUUGUAUACAGUAUGCACUUGUAGUGCCUGGUGGCUAUUGCAUUUGUGAUUAUGUAAUCCAAUUGCGUAAUCUCCAGUAUGGCAAUACAUUCCAUUGCAAUAUUUGAAAUAUUGUUUGUGAUUGUUGACGUAUACCGGUAUUUUUAGGAAUCUAGGGUAUAAGGAAAACAAGUAUUUUGUUGACCGAAAUAUAUCUUGUUGAACCUGUAUUGCACGAUUAUAUAGAACAAUAUUAUGCAUGUCAAUGCAUAAAUCACAAGUAUUUCAUCCAUGUAAUUUGAUAUAUUCGACCCUGUUUUAAUUACAUGUCGCAAUCAAGCACUCAAUCGUGUAUCGUGUAUCGUGGAGGCUGUUGUUAAAAAGUUUUGAUCACCUGAAAAUGAAAAAAAUGUCUUUAUACUUCAUCCUUGAACUCUUGUAAGGCUACGUGAGACUCAAUUUGUAAAGCAGCCGUGUCGUAUGCGGUAUGUUCACUAGAGGAGACUGAGUCAAAUAUUAAAAAUUUAAUAACAAUAAUAAUAAAUAAAUAAUAAUAAUAAUAAAUUUAAAAAAAAAAUAAAAAAAAUAAAUAAGUAAAAAAAUUAAAUGCUGCAGGCCUUGCAAUAUUAACACGUGCCAGGCAGUAGAAUUGGUACACGGUAACAAGUUCGCAAAAACAGAAUGAAAUUUGUCUAGUUACACCGCAUUGUUAUUAAUAUAGUAUAUUAAAACCAAAACCAUAGCCUGCUCGCAGCCUGAAAUUUAGAAGAGGAAAUUUCAGGAAAAAAUUUCAGGCUGCGAGCAGGCUAUAACAAAUUUGACAAUAACUUUAAAAGAUCAAGGGUAUAUACAUAUCAUUUCGAGGGUCAAGAGUUUAAAAUUAAUAUUCCACUUCAAUAUCCUGUCAUGCGUCCAAUGGUAUUAUGUUACAUUUCAUAACGUCUGUAAACGACGAAUGCGGUUUUUAAAUUCUAAAUUCUUGAACUGUCUUGGCCAGUGCAGGUAGUUCCAAUAAAGUGAACAAACUUUCGUUGGUAGGGAUGCAACUACCUGCAAAUAUAUAAGGAAAAUGUUGACGGUUCGAGCGAAGCCCCUCGUCUGGAGUUACUAGCGGAGCCGAGGUCAGGAAAAUAAGGCCUUCUAAAGCGGGGGCUAAUAAUUUGUGUAAGCAAAACACACAAAAGAACUAGAAAAGUGCGAAUGCAAUUCAGAUCCCCCCCCCUCCCAAUAUUAACGAACUUAAGCAAAGCUUAAUCUAGUACGGGGACGUGUCAAGAAAGCGCCUUAAACUUUACGGUUUUUUAUUAUAACUAACUACCGUUAGUAGAUAGCUACUAUAGCUUAAGAUCUACGACGUCGACGUCAGCUAGGAUGUCAGGGGUAAGCAGAGGUCUGGGACUAGGACGUCGUCCUCAAUAAAUAAAUUUCCACUUAAAAUUCAGGACGUCGGCAUUUAAACUGUAAAUAUUUACAUCCUUUUUAAAAUGAACUUAAAAGAGACGCGUGAAUCCAUUACCGUUUGUUAUGCUCUUGUACCCACGACGGUAAAACUCUUUUUGUGAGGUUGUCGACAUUGGGUGGACGACGAGUAAAUUGAGAGAAACAUAUGCACACUUCAAAAACUAUUGCCAAUUUACUUCCGCUUGCGAGCCUAAAUAUUUGACGUCGUAGAUAUUGAGCUACAUCUACUUAUUUAGGACGACGUCUCAGUCCUCUGCUCAGUCCUGACGUCCUAGCUGACGUCGACGUCGUAGAUCUUAAGCUAUCUAUUAAAAAGUUCAAAAAGCAGAACAAAAGUGCAACGAAAACAGCUAAUAAUAACAUAUUAUUAAUGCAAGAAAAUGAGCAGAAAUUGAAAUUAAAAUCCACAGACGUUUUAGACGUCGCCAUAGCUCUGUUUUACAACGUCAAAAUACAGAUUAUCACGUCUUGUAUACAACGCUUACAUUUCAAGCUGGGACAACUGCUAUUUUAAAUUGGGUCCUAAAACUUUUCUCAAUCAUAAACCCAGUGUUAAUUUGAUCCUUAAACUGUAUUAUUUUCAUACGAUGAUAACAGACGACAGGUUUUCUGCUGCAAUCAUUUUCGGUUCAACGAGUUUGUUUACCGUCGCUGUCGCGUUCCGUUCUACAUGCUUAAGUUCGCUAUUGUUUUACUACCAUAGAUAUUUACUACCGACGGUCUUGGAAAAUUACAUGAGCUUUUAUACUAAGAAUAUAACAGCGAUCACGUGACAAAAAAUAAACCAAGCAGAUGGCCAGUUAGUCAAAACAAAGUUUAUAGAAACAAAAAAUGUAAAUCACAUUACAGAAUAUAUUAAUACAAUUAUACAGAAAACACAACAAAUACAACAAAAUAUAUGCCACAAGUAUGGAAUAAGGUAAGAAUUAAACUGUCAGUAUCUGCUUUAUAGACAGGCAACAAAGGCAAAUAGAGUUUUUCAAUUCUAUACCUUUUUAAUUCUGAAUUUUAGCAAAAUAAUUUGUAUUUACUAUUACAAGGCGGGAAGGCAAAAAUAUUCGUCGGUUCACAACUAGACUCGUUCAGUAUAAUAUCUGUUAAGAAGUAUUAAUGCCUCGUGAGAGGAGAGGCAUUUCACAUUGCUUUUGUAGCGAACAUAUCUACGCUCUGUGACUUAAUUUAAAAGAAUAUGACCUACUAUGCCUGCUAUUACUAAUCUAUGUCUCAGUUGAAUCACGCAAAGAAUAUACGUAUACAGUACAUUAUUUAUACCAACGAAGAAUGAAGAUAAACAAAAGAUUAAAGCUCUUUUCCACUCAUCGCAAAAACAACUCGCAGCGAACUUGCGAACACUCGCAGCGUAGUUAAAUAAUUUGAACAAUAUUUUCUGAUCGCGCAAACAAAGAAUACCAAUAGCCAAUGGAAUUCGUUGAAAAUAUCCCGAAAACGUUUGGGGCGAACGCAAAAACGUUUUACAUACUUGAGACGUCUUUAGUACGCCUUUAGUAUCACUCUCCUCCGCAGAGGCUUUUUUUGGCUGGCCAAGUAAGUAGCAGGCGGAAGGCAAUGGGUGGGAUUCGGCAAAUUUCUUCUCUCAACCCGCACCCGCCCGAAUCCCACCCGUUGCCUUCCGCCUGCUACUUACUUGGUCAGCCAAAAAAAAAGAAAAAAAGCCUCUGCGGAGGAGACUGCUUUAGUAUAGUUUGCCAAAUUAAAACUGCACUCGGUGCGUUAUAAAAUUCAGAAUCUGAGUUCAAUCACGCAAAAACUAUAUAGAGUACACAUAUAUUUCGUAAACGAAACAUCAGGGCAGUUCGCCAAAUUAAAACUGCACUCGGUGCAUCGAAGGCGAAUAAUUCCCGAAAACUAGGCACAUUAUAACGUCUCCAUGAGAAAUAAAGCUUCGCGAGGGGAAACCGGGAAAGAUAGUGUUUCGCACGAUUUCGUAGCAAAACAAACCAUGUCUACCGUUUUGCACAGAAAUCAGUAUAAAAUUUGUAAAUGUUACCUUCUGACUUGUGUCUGAGUUUAGUUAGAUGACAUCAUGACGCAAAGAAUAUACUAUGAAUACUUUUAGUACGCUAUCUUGUACAAUUCAAAGGAAACCUCUUUAAAAUUGCAUAAACCAGUAACGAAACAAUGUCUCAUACAGAUUGCCCGGCGCCCGCUCCUAAGACGGGUGACCUGUGGUUCUAAUGGCCGUGAUGGGCCCAUGUUGGAGUUGAUUUGACUAUAUCUUGCGCAAAAAAUGCUACGCUUUUGGAUCUUAUUUUCUUUUUACUUGUUUUCUCUUUUCCCCUCGGGCAACAGCUAGCGGCGGAGUUGGUGCUACAAAACACGCUCGGUUUCCCUCGGUCUCAGUGAUAGGUGAUAGUUAAAUCAUUAUUAAGAGGGUUGUAUAAAACAGUAGCUACAAGUAUAUUUGAGAGCCUACAUUUAAUUACAAAACACUGAAAACAGGUAGUUAAAAGGUUGUUAAGCUUUUUAUGCUACCGGCCCCUGUUCUUUUAUACAUUUAAUUACUGUUUCAUUAUAUAUUUUAAAGGGUUUCAACUUUUCCGUGUGAAAACGUGGUUAACCAGAACGCAGCCCUGAAUCUGCUGUGUCGUUGUUCGAUGAUGACCUUUAGUAUGGCCUCAAUUAUGUUUCGACUUUACAAAUUGGCAUAUUGAUAGAAUUAUAGAGAUGAGUAGACAUAAUAUUUUUAAUUUUGUUCAUUAGAAACAGGUCCGGUUUCUCUUGCACAAUCCAACUGGUAGAAAGGCGGAAUCACCAAUUAUUGUGCAUUUCAACGUUGCUUGAUUUCAGGAAAACAGUUUUUCAACAGCCAAAUUGGAAGAAUAAAUCUAUUAUUAUUCUUUGUGAUAUCAGGUAAUUUAAUACAUUGAACAGCAGUUAUUAUUUCACGCCUUUUCUUUUGUACACUUGGUACCGUAAGUUAGCUAGUGUUGUCUAUGCAAUGACCAUAAUCAUAGAUUUAUAGCAUCAUUUGCUUGUUCUCACAACUGCCAGUGCAUGCAUUUGAAGUUGCAUAAUGACUUUGAGUGGCAUCAUAUAUACCAUUUACUCUAAUCCAUCUUCCUCGGUUGAUGGUUUGAGGCACCAAGACAUUUUCCGGGAUGGCCCAUGGCUCUGAUCAUAAUUAAAGACGGCAAAACAGUACUGCAAAAUCUGGCUUGCCUGGUAGCGCAAAAAACAGCGGCACAAAAGGAUGGGGAGUGAAGUGAAGGAAAGGAGGCGUCAAAAGCACGCACAACAUUAUGGCAACACAUGAAUUACAUAUAAUGACAUUGACAUAUGUCGUGCAGGGCGGUUGAUCACGUUGAUAGCAUUUUGUACUAGCUCACUAGUCCGAGACAAUGGAGCCGGGUCAUAAUUAGGUUUUUCCCAAAUUAUCACAUUAGAAUUGUAGUGAUCGAAUAGGAGUUAUAUUACGGGAAGCAUUGAAUACAAAGCAACGGUAUAUAUAUAUAUAUAUAUAUAUAUAUAUAUAUAUAUAUAUAUAUAUAUAUAUAUAUAUAUAUAUAUAUAUAUAUAUAUAUAUAUAUAUGUAUAUGUAUCUAGAGAAGUGAGGAUGUUACCUACAAAAUUGUCCGAGUUAUACAGUAUAAUAAGUUAAUAAAGUUCGUCAGUAUAUUACGGGGCGAGGGCUUUGUUCGAUUUUCAAGAUCACAUGAUCCACAAACUUCAAUAUAUUAUUUUAUCUAUUCUGGUUAGAAUAAAAUGGUUCUUCACUCGGUGAAACACUUUUACGAUGGUCUGGAUGUUUAUGCAGGUAUACACUUAUUCUGCUACUGGUUCAAGAUAAAGCUAUCAAUAUUUUGGUAAUACAUGCAGUAAUUUUGCAGGAAAUAUAUUAACAGUAUUUUCCUCAUUGUUCAUACAUGAGGGGUCUAAAAGUUGGUAUAAGUUUUGUCCUCAAAUCAAUACUCUUUGUGAAAAUACCACAAAAUUUAAGAGGGCACAUGCUUUUAGGUCUACCGGCCUUGCUCCAUUCCGCCACUUUCUGGAAUGGAUUUUUGCCUUUGCUUUUCCUGUACGCACACCAGCUUAGUUCCAGCCUUUCGCUUCCGCGAUGCUAUGGGCGCGCUGGGGAAGGACCGGAAGUGAGAAGGCCUAGCACAAUUCGCAAAUCUGCCCUUCUUGGAACCAUUUUGCCCUUCGAACUGCCCUAGGUUUUAUAUGUCUACAUCGAUGUUCUUGUAUAACUUUAUGCCUUUGGUAUACAUGAACAAUGAAGAUAUUUCAAUUAAUAUGGAAGGAAAUACAUGUACUGGCAGUUCGGGUAAGGUUUCUUUGAAUUGAGGACCAAGACCAAAUUGAUGAAUUUUGCUAGGUCUUCUCCCGCGGUUCAAAAUUGCAUGAUCCAGUCAUGCGGGAAGGCUGAGACUAGGCUAUGCACACACUUCGAUGAAUUCGUCACUCGUGCCAAAAAUUUUUCAACAUGUUCAAAUAUUCGGCGCCGGUGACACGCGUGAAGAAAAGCACAUAGCUUUAGUGUGCGCCGGGCUAAAAAAGCCUCCGGCAUGGAGCUGCCAGCCAGAGUAAAAAAAAAUAGUAUAAUGAUCCAAUAAAACUAUGAAAAUAAAUAUGAUCUAAUUGCACAUUUUCUCGUAAUGUUCUCCAUUUCAUUCUAGAUCCCCGCACACAGACUUGGACCUUUGUGAACUCUAUUGUUCCUAGCUUGGUUUCAAUAGUCUGCUAUUUACUAUUUAUAUACAUUGGCCCCAAAAUUAUGAAACAUAGAAAAGCACUGGAAUUUAAAGCGCUUAUGACGAUAUAUAACAUAGGAGCAACGUUAUUGAAUGUCCACAUAUUUGUUGAGGUACGUUUAUGGAUCGCUCAUAUACAAUAAAUAAAUAAAUAAAUACGCUGAGGUUGAAUCUUUUUAUUUCAGUUCUAAUGUUGGUUUAGGUGGGUUCUUAGUAGACGGAAUUUUAUAACGGAAAUUCAUAUACAGUUACAGACCUAGCCGCGAGCAACUUUAGGCCCUCCGACAUGCAGGAAUCAAACCUAUACGGCUCUGCGAUGAUGCAAAAAAAAUAUUUAGGCCGAAAAGUAAGCUGGUUCCGUUCUAUCGAACGAGAUGGCCAAAGUCUUGAUAUUUACCUAUAUUGGUUUGGGCGAGAAUAGUUGAAUAACGAUUCUUGUCAUUCAAACUGGGUAUCAGCAUGCAUGAGCAGUAUUUAGGAUCAAAUCACCAACUACAGGGUGUAUAAGCAAAAACUGAACAGAUAUGAAUUUGUUCUCAAUUUCGCAAAACAGUUAUUAGUGUCCAGUUUUUUAUAAAUAUAGCUUAUUUGGGUACUUAGAAUGUAGAUUAAUGAAAAAAAUUUCUCGAACUCAAAUUUUGUGAACCAGCAGGGUGUGUCUUUUGUUCAACGCAGUAUAUGUUCAACGCAGUAUAGUAUGCAGCAUGCAUUGCAUAAACCUCUCGUUGCUCAUGGAUCAUCGUUUGAUUAUCAAUCCAAUAUUUCGGCCUAAGUUUUGAUCGAGCAGUUUAUGCUUAAUAUACAUAUACAGUUGAUUUGAUUUUAGAUCGUGAUAUCUACUACUUCAUUACAAUACAGCUAUGCUUGUCAGAAUUUAGCGUUUUCUGAUGAUCCAAUGGAAUUAAGGGUUAGUUGCCUGUGUCUUGUUUCUUGGCGUGAUUAAUCUCGGAUUCCAUCUCAGCGACAAGAUCCAAAAAUAAAAAUGUCCUGUGUACAGUGGAACCCCGCCUUGCGACGAUCGCUUAUUUUUGUCCCUGAAAAACGCCACGUUUUCUUAUAAAGAUACCCCGUUAAUACAGCCAAAUUUUUUCGGCCCGGCUAUAAUUUCUGCGCAGUAGAAAUACAUAUUUAAAAUAUUCUAGGUUUUUAUUGUAUGGCUUUUUUGGUACUUUUAUCACCUGUCAUGUAUGAUUGUAUCCAAUCCGUUUUCUUUCAUCACUUAUUUUGUUAUUUUAAUUUUUAGCUAACUUCAGCACUGUGGUAUUAUUUUAUUUCCAAAAUCAUAGAGAUGGCAGAUACGGUAAGACAGGUUUCAGUCAGUCAUGCAGAUCUUGCAGACACACCUGAGAAUAAUUAUUACGUCAUGCUAAAUAGUCGGCCAUUUUGGGUUGCAAAAAUAAUGUCUAGUAGCACCUCAGACAGCAGCGCGUAUAUGCCAUAGAUAUCUUAUAUACACUAGAUAGCGCAUCUCUUUUAGUAAAAUUGAAGCCAAGAAUAUUCCAGCGGUUACCCCCAUUUGAAUAGAUGGCGGCCAUGUUGGUCGUUCCCACUUGUUAAUAAACGCUUAAAAACAACAAUAACUUUCAUUAUUUGAAUAGUUUAAAAACGUAUUUGGAAUAGGGUUAACUUAAUGUUUAAGUUCCCUGUUUAAGAAAUAGAAAACAUACGAAUCUUCUCAUUUCAUGGGAACGACCUGAGACUGCAAUCACGGCUUCAAUUUUUGAAUUGCAGAAUAAUUAGAUGCACUAUCUAGUAUAUAUAAGAUAUCUAUGGUAUAUGCCUGUUAGAUUUAGGGGUAUGUAGAUUCAUACCUCGCUGCUAGGGAGAGUAAGGAUUAUUAGAAUUAGAAUUAGCAUUCACAAACAGCGAGACAUGAAUCUAUAACCAAAUUCAGUAAAAAAUAGCCACAAAGUCCACAACUGCAACGUUAUUUUGACAACCAUUUCAGACGACAUUAACAACUUUCUUUAUUAGAUAUAAUUAUACAUCAGUCAAUCCCUACAAAUUUAAGUGUAGUACAUAAAUUUAAGUGUAAUACUCUUUCAAAACUGUAUUUUAUUAAUGUUCUCGUUAAGAACCUAAUACUAAUUUUUAGGGGGCGGCACAUAUUGGUGGCCAAUACUAGAAGUUGUACUCUAAAUCGAUCUAGUUUUGUGAUUUGUGAAUAUUUAACUUUUUAGGUAUUUUUUGUUUUACGCAAGAAAUCAAAUCAAAUUUCAUUUCUGCAUGUGUAUCAUCAUUCGACCAUGGUUGUUGUCACGUGGAUUGGAAUCAAGUGGUUUGGUGGAGGACAAUGUAAGUUUUGGCGAAGAUCCUUUCUGUUCAACUUAAUUGCGUAUAAUUCAAUGUAAUUAUACGUUUCUUUGCUCGUGCAUGAUUAAAUUGUUUACCCUUCUCAAAGUUCUUUGGUUUUUCGAUCAUCACCUGUGCUUUUUAGUAUUUCAACAUCUUUACCGAGAAACGGUAACGCAGUUUAGAAGUAUUUUGUUUGGGAGCACCAUAAGGAGACGAUUGUCCAAAAUGGGCACGAGAUAAACUGGUUACCACAAUUUUGCAUUAUUUUCAUUUAAUUUAUGCAUUACCAAGCUAUUAACCAACUUUUCAACGAGCACUGUUAUAGACAAAGUAUAUAAGAGUUAAAAGAUUCUGUAAAGUCCGUAAUAUAAGCAAACGCUUUGUUUAAAUUUUGAACUGCUAUAUUUGUAAAAUAUGAUAUACUAACUGAAUAUCUAACACUUUUCUGGUUAGCCAACCAAUUUAUAUUCAUGUAAAUGAAUAUAAACUCUACGUUUCAAUUCAAAAAAGUUCGAAAGAUGCAAAAUUUGGGCAAUGUUUAUAUCUGCGGGUCCCCUUUUGUUAUAUGAGCAGAACUGAUGCGCAGAAUGGACUUUACAGCAUCUUUAAGAUUGAAAACAAUCCGUGCAAUUGAAAUUAUAAUCCUUUGAACUUGAAGAGUACAAAAAGCACCAAAACGAGGCUAGUCAGAUAAAAUUUAAUUUCUCAAAGAAAAUAAAUUACACAAUAAUUGUAUUAUUAUUGUACUUUGUAGAAUUGUUAGCCUUGAAGUAAUGUAUAAGGCGGCAGUGAUUACUUGGUUGAAAUUAAUUUUGGAAGAAAAAGAAUGACAACUAUUUUUCGAAUCGGUCUAUUGUGUUCUGUUGAAGUGCUGUACAGUAUUGUUCUGUAAUGAUGUUGAAUUAAUUUAUAUGACUAAAUAACUAGGGUAACUAACGGUCCUAAACGUUACUCUGUCAGUGUGCUCGUUAAUCUAUUUAAACAAAAUGUGUCGGAUGUUAUGUUGAUGCAUGAUUGUUUUCUAAUAUUUCAGUUACAUGACCAUUUUCUCAUAAAACAUUGUGCAUCGUUAAUUAAACAUUACUCAUAUUUAAUUUUCAGCAUUUUUUAGCUGCAUGGCCAACUCGUUUGUUCAUAUUAUAAUGUAUACCUAUUACGCUAUGUCAGCUGUGCCAUUUCUGAGAAAAUAUCUUUGGUGGAAGAAAUAUUUGACACAACUCCAGCUGGUAAGAAACGUGUUCAGUUAUGCAUGCAUGCAUGUCAAGGCCAACGUCGAUAGAGGGUGGGGCAUUAAGGAAGAUACACCUGACUAGAGUGGUAAAUUAAAAUAUGCAAACCUUCAGGAACGUUUCGUACACUUGAACAUCUUGAGAGUUGAUAUCUUGCAUUUUAAAUUCAGGCACAAUUUUUUUACAUAUCUCCCAGUGCCGUAGCCAGAACGAUAAUUGGGGGGAGCACAUAUUCAUAUAUUCGUGUUCUGCUUUAAUAAUUUCUUUUGAAAUCAAUUGUUUUUAUGGUAUGUGAACACGAAUAUAUGAAUAUGUGCCCCCCCUCCCCCCAAUUAUCGUUCUGGCUACGGCACUGAUAUCUCCUCCAAACGAGGAGGACUGAACUUUCAGUAUAAUAUGGGAAUGUUAGAACAGUAAUGUUCUAAACUAUAUAGUUAUUUCCCCCUUCGUGGAGGCCAAAUAGUUUGCUGAGAGGGGGGAAACGUAAGGCUGGGGGUACAGCCACCAGCUGAUAUAUAUGCCACUAUUACAUUGCCCAUGCGACGAUUUAAAAAGUAGAAUAUAAAAUGCAAAGAUUGUCAUGUCAUUGUCAUAAACACCACUAGUCUACCAGUCUACUACAGUAUAUACAUAUGAAGACAGGUUUUUGGAUACAAGCAUUUGUACUGGAUAGAUAACAAACAAAAAUUUUCUGAAUUCAGUUGUCAGAUUAGUGUAAAGUAAAUGAUUCUCUAUUAAGUUAUUUAACAAAUUCUCAAAAAAUAGUCGUUAAACCAUCGACUUGGCCUCGUGUCUUGGAUUCAUCAUUGCGUGUGCGUGUAAAUGGCUGCAACAUCGUAUUACAACAAUUCAGUUUCGUAAUGAAUCCUGAAUCUUUCGCUCUAGUGUAAACGAAGUCUAAAUAAAUUUCUCUUUGACAACUAUAGCUAGAGUCCUUUCUGCUGUUACCAGAUAAAUAAAUAGUUACCUGACGUUUUACAUAAAAAUUACUUUCUAUGAUGCUUAUUAUUAUCUUUUUAUAGAUCCAAUUCCUUUGUAUUAUCGUGCAAGCUCUGUACGCUAUUCACACAAAUUGUGUCUACCCAACACUCUUACUGUGGAUUUUCUCAGCCUAUAUCUUUUCUUUCAUUUUACUCUUCUCAAAUUUCUACUUCAAUUCGUACGAAAAAAAUCAAGUGCAUAUCAAUGGAAAUAAGAAGUCAAUAUAAUAAUGGAAUUAGAAUCAUAUAACAGCAAGGGCAAUGAAAUUAAGGAUCUUAUCAUGGUAUUUUAAGAUGAUUGCCAAACAGCCUCUGUCAAAAUCACAAAAUGAUUAAAAUCUGUAAUUCUAUAUAAACUCUGUUAAAUUAUCAUAAUUUUAGCUCAGCUCACAGUGUAUUUAAGGGCGUACCUUAGAAAAGUGAUGGGGAGGGAAUAUUUGCAGCUUGCACUAUUAUAUUUUCAUGAGGGAAUUUGAUUGUAUGAUUUUUUAAUUGCAUGGUUUUCAAAGCAAGAAGUUUUUGAUAAAAACAAGUUAGUGAGUUUUAUAAGCAUGUCACCUGCUGUUCGUAGCUGGUUUGGUGUUAAAUAGCGAGGUUUUUGGGUUUGACUUCCACUACCAU